GAAAAAAAAAGAAUAGAAUUUUUUCACAUCCGCCUUGGGGUGGGGCUUUGAAUUUGCGCGCCUUUCGCUUGUAUAUAUAUUCAUAUAGAUCCGUAAAGCUGGCAACAUGACAAAAUUGUUCCAGCAAGCCUGAUAUAUCUGUUUGGAGGGUUUGGAGCAGCCGUCAUAAAUCGAAGGAGACAUUGGAAUUGUACAAAAAUUUGAGUGAAAAAUUUAUUCCAGUGAUAGCCCGAGUUAAUUGGAAUAAUUUAAAAAAUGGGGCGACGUUCGAUUAAUACCACUAAAAGUGGGAAGUACAUGAAUCCUACUGAUCAAGCUCGAAAGGAAGCUCGUAAGAAGGAACUCAAGAAAAACAAAAAACAACGACAAUUAGUGCGAGCAGCAGUUCUCAAGGGCAAGGAUCCUGCCCAGAUCAUCGAGGAGAUGGAAAAAAUUGAUCAAAUGGAGUAUAAUGUUAUGCAGCCACCUCCCCUCAACGAGAAAGUACUGAAAGAUAAAAGGAAGAAGCUGAAGGAAACGUUAGACCGAGUGCUGAAAAUGUAUGCUAAAGAUGAUCACGAAAAAUGGGCGGAAUUGAAGGAGCAGUUGAUCCAGUAUGAAAGACGACGAAUUGAUCUAGUUUCUUACUUCGAGGCUGUCAAACAUGCCCAACAGGUUCAAGUCGAUGAGAUUCCAUUGCCUUCUCCGAAUUCUGAAAUGUCCAGAAUAUUUCCAGGAGCCAUGACAUCGCAGAUUCCCCUCCCCGAUUUACCCCAACCCCCUGCCCACAUGUACCCCCCACAUUCUCAUUAUAUACCUCAACAUCAUCCUUUAUUGACAAUCCCUAUACCCCCUAGUAUUCUAAAGAAAACGAGUGUCUAUUCCUCUGCCACAACGGCAUCCACAUUAAUUCCCAGUAAAGAACCUCCUGGAGUCCCUCCAUAUCCACCACCUGACAUAUCCUAUGAUGAUGAAGAUUCAUCAGACAAAUCAAUAAAUGCAACGCAAAAGUCUCGAACAAUUCGAUUUGCCGAUGACAAAGACGAAAGUAAAUCAUCAGAAAAGGAUCAGAAUUCACAGAAAGAUAAGAAUCAAGAUAGAGAAUUGGAGAAAGUCAAGCCGACAACAUUACAACAGAAAAUGUUGGCGAUGGCUGGACAGGACAUAGAUCAAUUCAUGCGUGAGAUGGAGGUAGUCCACAAAAAGAGAGAGACCGAGAGAGCGCAAGAUUUGAAUGCCAGAUUGUCUUUACUAGAUGCUGACUCCGACGGAAAGUCCUCAAAGGUGAAUAAUGGACAGGAGAAUGAAAAGUCGGAGGCAUCUGAGUUGUCUGGGGAGAUUAAUCGAUCUACCCAGAGUUCUCAACAAUCGACGAUACAUUUGCAGCAGCAGCACGGAUUACCACCGAUGGGCAUGCCUCCACCACCAUUACUAUACCGACCACCUCCACCUCCCAUGCACCUGCGGAUGCCACCACCACCACCACCGCGAAUGGGAUUACGACUACCACCAGGACCACCGCCUGGCAUGCCACGAUUACUUCGACCAGGACCACCCAGCAUGCCCCGUAUGCCACCACCCAUUCAAAUGCAGAUUCACAAUCUCUCGGGUAUGCAAAAUCUCUCAAACUCUCACAUGCAAUCUGUCGGUGGUGGCAAUACCGCGCAAUCGAAACAACCCAAUGUCCUAUCAGCUGCACCUCAGCUCAUAAAUAGAAAUGAUAAAGAUGGCAAGAGCUCUACGACGAUCGAGGCGAAACCUCAGAUAAGGAAUUUAGCUGCUGAUGUCACGAGAUUUUUACCAACGUCACUCCGAGUAAAACGUGAGGACAAAAAGAAAGCAGCGAAUAACACUGUCACCAGGUUACCGGACAGAACUCCCGAAAUUCAUGCUGUUAGAUCCAUACAGCCUAAAACUAAAGACGAUGCAUAUAUGCAGUUUAUGCAGGAAAUGGAAGACUUGCUGUAAUUAUUACAUUCAAGGAACCAUUGUCAUUCUGUAGAUUUUCAUAUGAGUCAUCUAUAAUCAGCAACUGAUUAUUUUUUUGAUCGUCAAUUGCAAUCGAGUAUGUCAUGUUGGAAUUUCGUAAUAAAAUAAUCAUUAAACGAAA